AUGGAUGUGGAUGAGUCCUUUGUGUCCCAGAUAUCACUAGAUUCUGUGUCAUUUGGAUCACUGGAUGUCUGGGCUGCAAUACCCAGUAUUCCCAUCAAUCCAGACUUGUACCUUGGGCCUGAGGAUGAUAUCAUUGAUGUUGAUGAGUUGCCAGAUUCUGCUAAUCCUGAGAUUGAUGCUCCGGCUGCAUCAGAAGUGUCUAUGUUAUAUGAAACAUCUACUGAACUUCAUUCACAACAGCCAGAGCUUGCUAAUGAAGAUUUAUGUUUGAUGGUCCAGGAGUUCCAACUAUUUGGGUCAUAUGAACACACCAGGGAUCUUCCUGAUCCUUCCAUUCCACUACUACUUGAGGCUGAGUGA